AAUUCUAUUUUACCGCCCCCACGAACCACUAUUAAGGGGGGAAAAUGUAUUUUCUCCUUUCUGUCUAAACUUGAAUCAGUUUUGCAGAGCGGCAACUAUGGAGGAUACCUCAUCAUCCAUUUCUCCGAACAAUGCCACAACUUCCGGUGCGGCCAAAUACCUAGCCGGCCUCCCUUCUCGCGGCCUUUUCUCCUCCAACGUCCUCUCCUCUACUCCGGGUGGAAUGCGAGUAUAUGUUUGCGAUCACGAAACGUCACCUCCGGAGGACCAGCUUAUUAAGACCAACCAGCAAAACAUAUUGAUUAGGUCUCUCAUGCUUAAGAAGCAAAGAGGUGAAUGUAGUUCAAAAGAAGGCAAGGGGGUUUCCUCAAAUGACAAUGGUAGAAAAAGAGCGGCUGAAAAAGCAUUGGAUAGUAGGGCAUCAGCCAAGAAGGCUACCACCAGUAACCAUGCUGCCUCUGCCCAAGGAACUUCAAAAAAUCGUGCACCUGAAAUACAAAAUAUGACUGUUGAGAAGCUACGGGCUUUGUUAAAGGAGAAAGGUCUUUCACUGAGAGGAAGGAAGGAUGAACUAAUUGCUCGGUUAAGGGGGGACACAUGACUAAAGCAUAUUCGUAGAGUUUGAGGCAGCUGAUUCCAAAUUCCAUUUUGUACACCUAGCAGCUGGGCAAAAGUAGGCUUUUGCUUCUCUAUUAUGGGUGCUUUACAACUAGUUAAAGAGUCAACUUAUGGCCCUUACAACUCUUGUGUCGCGUUCUGCGUGUUUCUGUGUUCUUGUUGUAUGCUAUAGUAUUUUGUAGUUAAAUUAUGAGGGGGCACUAUACUUGUGCCUGAAUAGUUACCUAAUACUUCUAAUAUGUGAAAAACUGCAUGUCAAUUUUUUUCUGGUCACUGCAAAUUCACAAUGAAACUGGUCUUUCAAAA